AUGAGAUCUAGACUUUUUGCUGAACGUGAUUUGGAUUAUAAACGGGCGGUGGAGCUAGCCCUGGCGUUAGAAGCGGCUGAUAGGCAUGCAGCAACGUCAGCGGUCAGCGGCAGCAUUGCCACAGUUCCAUCCGAUGGCAUCCAUCGCGUGGCAGCGGUGGCAGGGAAGCGCGAGCUACAUCGUGCGGCCGAUGCGCGCGCGUUUCAUCUACACCGGCAGCGUCCCCCGGGGCGGCAGCGGUGCGACGUAGCCCAUGUCCGCGGUGUGGCAGAGUUGGUCAUGCGGCAGCCAGGUGCCGUUUCAAGGCGUAUCAUUGUGAUAAGUGCGGUGAGAAAGGACAUU